ACUGUCUUUGGUCGGGUUGUCCUCCUCUCUCUGUAAUAUCUCUCUGACUGUACUGUCUUUGGUCGGGUUGUUGCGCUGCAUGCCGGGAUACACCUCCGUUGUUGACACAAAAUGGUCGAGUAUGUUUUGUGACCCGGGAGUUUAGCAGGCCUAAAAGUUGUACCUUAUCAUUCGGCACGCAGAAACAUCUAUAUUCGGAUAGUAAAUAGUAGAUUAAGUGCAUGAGAUAGUUUUAUAGAAAGGACAUUUCUACAGCAUGAGAGCAAGACUGUCGAAGGAGAGUUGAUUCUGCCACAGACAAGACGCACAGUCCGCCCUGCAUGACUCGGAUAACACUCACAGCAUAGAUGUGCAGUUCUGUUCAGCAGUGGGAAGUAUGCGUCACACAGCCUACAUCAGCUGGUGAGCUGCGGGGGAGCAAGCGAUGACUGUGGGCAGACUGGCUCCGCCUCCGAUUGUAGCCUACACAUCACACAGACCAUUGCCUACAUCAUAGAGGACGCUAAAUCAAGCCGAAUGAAGAGAGCGGCUGCAAAGCAUCUAAUUGAGCGCUACUUUCGCCAGUUAACAGAGGGCUGUGGAAAUGGGGCCUGCACGAAUGAGUUGUGUGCAUCGUGUCUUGAUUUUCAACCGUUGGAUCACAACGCGGCGGCCAUCAGAGCCCUGGAGCUCUAUAAAAUUAACACCAAACUGUGUGACCUUCACCCCUCCGCUGCCUUCCCUGACAACGAUAGUGCCGAGGACACACGACCUGCCUUAUUACUGGGCGACCGCAACGGGAAGAUGACAGACAACCUGUUUCCCCCUAGAGAAGACUUCAGAGAGGUGCAUUACCUGACUGAGGAGAAGGUGUACGAGAUCCUGAGUAUCUGUGAGGGGAAGGAGGACUACUCUCCUCUGAUCCGAGUCAUCGGGAGGAUCUUCUCCAGCGCUGACGGUCUGGUGCAGAGCUUCAGAAAAGACAAGGAACAACACCCCAACACCAAGGAGCAGCGCAAGACCCACCAGGCCAAAGAUGAGGACAAGGACGAGGAUGAGAAGGAGAGAACCACGGCCAUGGAGCAGGAAUCAGAGGAAUCGGAGGCCUCGGCGUCCAUGGAAGGAGCGACGGGAUCGACGGAGAACAGACUGGGUCCUGUCGAGGUCUCGGUGGACAUAGAAGCUGUGAGGAGAGUGUACGACAGACUCCUCUCCAACGAGAAGAUCGAAUCGGCCUUCCUCAACGCCCUGGUCUACCUAACUCCCAACGUAGAGCUGGAUCUGACCUAUCUAGACGUGUACGACACCAACCCAGACUACCUAAACAUCUUCGUCAUCGUGAUGGAGAACAGCAGCCUCCACAGCCCAGAGUACCUGGAGAUGGCCAUGCCUCUGUUCUGUAAGUGUAUGAGUAAACUCCCUCUGCCUGCCCUGGCCAAGCUGACGCGCCUGUGGUCUCAGUACAGUGUGGAGCACGUCAGGCGUAUGAUGGAGACCUUCCAGCAGCUCAUCACCUACACGGUGAUAAGCAACGAAUGCGGCAGCGACAGUCUGGUGAACGAUGACGAGCGCGUUGUGGCGGCCACCAAGUGUCUGAAGCUGGUGUUCUACGCCAACGUACUGGGAGGUGACCUCGAUACGGGCCACAACGAAGAGGAGGAGGAGGAGCCCCCGUCUGAGUCCAGCGAGCUCACCUUGCAGGAGCUCUUGGGGGAGGAGAGGAGGAACAAGAAGGGUCCCCGGGUCGACCCUCUGGAGAAGGAGCUGGGCGUCAGGACCCUGGACUGCAGACGACCCCUCAUCCCCUUCGAGGAGUUUGUCAACGAACCGUUGAACGAUGUUCUAGAAAUGGACAAGGACUUUACCUUCUUCAAGGUGGACUCGGAGAGUAAGUUCUCCUUCCAGAGCUGUCCCUUCGUCCUCAACGCCUGCACCAAGAGCCUGGGUCUGUACUACGACAACCGCAUCAGCAUGUACAGCGAGAGGAGGAUCACAGCGCUCUACAGCCUGGUACAAGGACAGCAGCUCAACCCGUACCUCAGGCUCAAAGUACGACGAGAGCACAUCAUCGACGACGCCCUCGUCAGGUUAGAGAUGAUCUCCAUGGAGAACCCAGCGGACCUGAGGAAGCAGCUGUUUGUGGAGUUUGAAGGAGAGCAGGGCGUCGACGAGGGAGGAGUCUCUAAAGAGUUCUUCCAGCUCGUCCUGGAGGAGAUGUUCAACCCUGAUAUUGGCAUGUUUACAUAUGACGAGUCCACCAAGCUGUUCUGGUUCAACCCGCCUUCUCUGGAGAAUGAGGCCCAGUUCACCCUGAUUGGCAUCGUCCUGGGCCUGGCCAUCUACAACAACUGCAUCCUGGAUGUUCACUUUCCCAUGGUGGUCUACAGGAAACUGAUGGGGAAGAAAGGCACCUAUCUGGACCUGGCAGACUCACAUCCGGUUCAGUACCAGAGUCUGAAGGAGCUGCUGGACUAUGAAGGGGAUGUGGAGGAGGACAUGAUGAUCACCUUCCAGAUCUCACAGACGGACCUGUUUGGAGAACCCAUCACUUACGACCUGAAGGAAAAUGGGGACCAGAUACCUGUCGGUGAGGACAAUAGAAAGGAGUUUGUCUCUCUGUAUGGUGAUUACAUCCUUAAUAAGAGCGUGGAGCGCCAGUUCAAAGCCUUCAGGAGGGGCUUUCAGAUGGUCACCAACGAAUCGCCUCUCAAGUGUUUAUUUAGACCUGAAGAGGUGGAGCUACUGAUCUGUGGAAGCAGGAAUUUAGACUUUCACGCACUUGAAGAAACAACAGAGUAUGACGGAGGCUACAACAAAGACUGUCGCAUUAUCAAAGACUUCUGGGAGACGGUGCAUUUGUUUGGUGAGGAAGAUAAGAGACUUUUCCUCCAGUUUACUACGGGGACUGACAGAGCACCCGUAGGAGGGCUGGGCAAGUUAAAGAUGAUCAUCGCCAAGAACGGCCCCGACACAGACAGGUUACCUACUUCUCACACUUGUUUUAAUGCCUUGCUGCUCCCAGAAUACGACACAAAGGACAAGCUGAAGGAGAGACUUCUCAAAGCCAUCACUUAUGCCAAAGGAUUUGGAAUGUUGUGAAACAAAACAACUACUCUGGGAAAAUAUAUAAUAUUAAUAAUAAAUUAAAUGGUUUUAAUGGAUAAGGAAGGAGUUCUACAAUACAAUGAGACAUGAGUUUAAAUAAAAAAAAAAAAAAAGUGGCAUUAUGACAAGGAAGUGUUCCACUGGUGUGUGCCAAGAUAUCAAUUAGACAGACACUUUGAUCAAUCCCUCCCACUCAGAUCUCUCUAAUGUAGAACCUCUCCUUAUUUUCUAGCUUUUUCAAAUAGUUUAAAAUCACUCAGAAUGCUUACUGGAGGAGCACGGUUCUCCUACAUGUGUUUAUUAAAGAUGGUUGACGUGUAAAAAAAAACAAAAAACAUCCAGUCUGAA